UCCCAAAGGGUUGAUACAUGCGCACGAAAAGGUAGACAUGCGCUGUAUAGCGAUUUAGGAAUAAGAACGGUGCUAAAACAAAGAAUUUUUAACCAAAACAAACAUGGGCACGCAGUAGUGAUAGAAAACGUCUUCCUUACUUUCUUACUAUAUAUAUUAUACCAUAUAUUUUUAAAAUCGCACAAAGAUGAGCCCUGGACUGGGUCAUGACCCUUUGCCUUCCUAUAACGUCACGUCAAUAGGUAAUACCGCACUGUGCCUAUGGCAACAGCCACAACACAUAUUAUUCCAGUUAGCGAAUUUCUGCUUUGCACUAUCUUACUCAGCACCGUCCUCGAAGAAGGGUAUAUUGUUUAUGCACUCAGUUUUAAUCGUCGGUUUCAUGUUACUGUCCGGAUGGGCAUGGCACGUGAUCUGUGCGCCAGAUAUCUUCUCCUGGAAUUUUACUUUCUUAUUGUUAAAUAUUGGACAGUUGGUUUAUAUCGUUUAUCAAAUGAGACCGGUCAGGUUCGAUCCUGAAUUGGAGGAGGUCUAUCACACACUUUUCUAUCCUUUUAAAGUAUCAAGAGCACAAUUUAAAAGACUAGUAUCCCCAGAGCUCGCAACGGUGAUGUCCCUUCAUACUGGUGAAGCAUAUGCGAUGCAAAACUUAACUAAAACAGACAGACUAGGUCUAUUACUCAGUGGUAAAGUCAACGUUCUUAGUGACACCAACUUUUUACAUCCAAUUCUACCCUGUGAAUUUUUAGACUCGCCAGAAUUUGAGAGUUCUAGAGCAUCGAGAGAUGAUAAAUUUAAGGUCUCAAUAGUUGCUGCUAGUUCUUGUAGAUACGUCUACUGGCAAAGAUCAGCUUUGGAAUAUCUUCUUGUUAAAGAAGCCUAUCUUGCAACAGUCUUAACAACUUUAGUUGCAAGAGACAUUGCUACCAAAUUAUAUGCAAUGAACAAUAAGAUAGUUACAGAAAAAGGUUCGCAUUUGGAUAUUCGAUUGCCUACUAUUAACGCUGGAAUAGGACUCAGUGGUGAUCAUAGAAGUCCACGAACUUCUAGACAAACUUUGAUACAUAGAAAAGAUACAAACCCUACUUCCAAUAAUGUGGCUGGUGCUAAACCCAAAGAAAGAACGACAAACAAUUUAAGUAAAAAGGGUGCACCUAACAUGGAACCCCUGCCAGAAUUACCGUCCUGUGAUGAUCUCGCAUCGAGUGGUGUAGAAAGUUGGCUGGAUUCGUCCAGCAAAUAUCAUAGCUGUGAAAUUGUUGAUGAAGAGUGACGGUACGCUUAUCAUGCAAGCUACCAUUGUCCAAUGGACGAGCAAAAAUGCAUCGAACCUAAUUGUCUCCUUUAUGAGAUGAUUACGCGAGAAGUUUAACAAUUUUUUAGUCCAAUUUGAUGAUAUAUAUAAGAAGGAAAAUUUUUAGGGAAGAUAAAUUAUUAAAAUAUAAACAUACAAGAGAUGAGAAAAAGAGAGGAAAUAGAAGUACGACAGAAGACUGCAAAUUUUUUCAAUUACCAGGUAGAAGUUAACUUUGUCAUGUUGUGUAUGAAUGCACCAAAACUAAUUUAUAACUUGAGAACGAAUACUCAACCAAUCAAUGAUGAGAUUGGAAACGUGAUAUUAUGUUUAUAAUGAAACUGGAAAAUGUAAAAAUAAUAGGUAAUUUGAUCGACGAUCGUUGCAAUUGUUGCUGUGUGUUUCUAGAAAAAAUAAAAAAAAAUAAAAAGUUCGUUAUUAUAUAUUAUAUAUAUAUAUAUAUACAUAUACAUACAUAUAUCUCCAGUUGGACAGGCACACAAAGGAAUGGUCAAUUUUAUGAAAAAUACGAAAAAGAUAAAUUAUAUAUAUAUACAUAUAUAUAUGUAUAUAUAUAUAUAU